AUGGCAAAAACGACAGCCUUGACUCAAUGGCAGCAGUUUCACGCCAAAAACCCAGACGUAGACUUCGUUUGGGUGUUUUUCACAACAUACAUUGGCACCAAUCUGGUCCGCAUAAUUCCUACGCCAGAGUUCAAGCGAUUGUUGGAGACGGAUCAAGGAAUCUCGGUUCCAAUGGUCAUACUUCAUGUUCUCCCUCACGAUAAUGUGGCGGAAGGUGGGACCCUGACGGGGUCAUUCUUGCUAAAACCCGAUCCUCGAUGCCUUUCACCCUACAUGGAUAAGAACAAGGCGAUUGUCAUGUCUACAUGGACCCACAAAGGGAAUUUUCCUAUGGGGGAAUGCGCACGCUCUAAGUUGGACUCUUUGGAACGUUUGAUUGAACAGAAGUCGAACUGCUCAAUUCUGGUCGGGUUCGAGCUUGAAUUCUGUCUCUUACGGCAACGAACUCUGGACAACGGGAAAGUCGAGUACGAAACGGUCAAUGCAGAUCAUUCGUGGUGUAGCAUGACUCGUGAGGACGAGCUUCUACUUGGUAUCCUGGAAGAAGCUGUCCUGGCUUUGCGCGACGUUGGAAUCAUGGUUCAACAAUUCCAUGCGGAAUUAGCUCCUGGUCAAUGGGAAUUUGUUCUUCCUCCAGACACCCCGCUCAGAGCUGUUGAUGCCCUGCUCCUCGCCAGACAGGUUGUUAUGAAGGUUGCAAACAAGCAUGGAUACCGAGCAACUCUUUAUCCCCGACUAUCCCCCGAACAGCCCGGAACAGGAGCUCAUGUUCAUAUCUCGCUCAAUUCUGAAACGGUGGAUUUGCCAACUGUGGAGUCGUUCUUUGCUGGUAUCCUCGACCAUUUUACUUCCAUUUCUGCUUUCACGCUUCCCCAGAAAAUCAGUUACGGCCGGGUUGUUGGAGGCAUCGGAGUGGGGGUGACUAUUGAACGCUUCGAAAUCAAGAUGAUGGACGGGCUAGCUAAUCCUUAUUUGGGGCUCUGUGCAUUGCUAGCAGCUGGGCUGGAUGGCUUAGUUCAAGGCUCGUUUCUGAGCGCCGGCCCUUGCACCAUCGAGCCGAGUCAGAUGUCCGACCAAAAACGAGCUGCGCUGGGCAUCAAGACGAUGCCUUGCGAGCUGGCCCAAAGUCUCACGAAUCUGGAGGCGAACGACCACCUUAAGCAGAUUUUGGGUGAUUCUCUGGUGUCGACGUAUCUUACUGUGAAGAGAUCUGAGCUAAAGGUCCUGCAACAGAUGACCCCUGAAGAGAGACGUGCGUGGUUCGUUUCGAAAUAUUAG